ACAGCAUCUUACAUUAUUCGUCUACCUGAGCAAAAUGACAUCCCCUCACAAAGUUGGUAUCUUCCCUGCCUCUGGAGGUAUCGGUGGAGGAACUGUAAAGCACAUUCUUCAACGUCUCUCCCCGAUGAACUUGAUCCUCAUCGCCAGAAAUCCCAAAAACCUUUCGGAUGCGCAAGCGCUGGGAGCAGACGUGCGCCAAGCUGAUUACGACGACGAUGCAUCGAUUCGAAAGAGCUUUCACGGAAUUAAGACCCUGUUUCUGAUUUCCUAUGCAUCAGUUGAACACGAACACAGAUCUCGACGACACAAGUUUGCCAUCGACACCGCCAUUGCAAGUGGCGUGAAGCACAUCUUCUAUGGGUCCUUGGGCUUCGCUGGAUCUGCACAGAGCCAGGAGUCAGUGGCCCACGUCAUGAAGGCGCACCUCGAUACCGAGAGAUACCUUCGUGCAUGCCGCAAAGAGCAUCCUGGGUUCGACUACACAAUUGUCCGCGAGGGGCUUUACACCGAGUCUUACCCACUCUACACUUCAUUCUUUGACCCGGCUCGACCUGCCGGCGAAAUAAAGAUUCCUCACGAUGGUGUCGGUCCCGGAAUCGCAUGGGUCAAGAGAGAGGAGCUGGGAGAAGCUACAGCUGAGCUCAUAUCGCGCUACGUCGCAGACCCUGACGGCUUCCCCUACCGUCAUGAGACGAUACUUUUUUCGGGUAUCAAGACAUUGACCUUGUCGGAAACAGUCGGAAUUCUCAGCGAGAUCGCAAAGGUUCCAGUUGCGAUCAAGCAGGUUUCGGAUGACGAAUUCGCCUCUCAGGCGCAGGUGAUUCCCAACUUUACCUAUCAUGGGGUUGACUACUCGAAGCCAUGGACUUCGUCGUUUGAGGCGUUUCGCAGGGGUGAGGCGGCUGCUGCGUCUCCGUUGUUGUGUAAGCUUUUGGGAAGAGAGCCGGAGGAUUUCAAAACCACUGUACUGAACUAUCUCGGGGCCCAGCUAGUUGGAUAG